AUGUCUGGUACCUUUUCAGGUCACCGCUCUUACAUGUUUGCCUUCGCGGAGAAGGUGCGGUAUGCGAGGAUAUUUAUCAUCUCGUAUCCAUCAUUGACGGUGGUUGCAGAAAUAAAAGAUCCUGAAGUUAUCAGAUACAAAGGUAUUUGUAUGAUGGAAAGCGACUUGAUUGCCGCGUUUUCUGGCUUCCCACAAUACCUGGUCACUGUGUGGUGUUGGCGCACCAACCAAAGGUUACUCAGCAUAUCGGCAGAGGUCCAAAAACGUAAUCAGAUGUUUGUGGCCAGCCGUACGCACAUGCUGAUAUGCCAAUGCUGGAGCGAAGGGGUGAACGUGUGGGAAGUGGCUCGGUGCUAUAAGAAGUGCUUCAUGUUGAAGAGGCAGUUUGUUGCGGCCGCUGACUGGGACACUGCGGAUCAACCGAUGGUUGCUGGCAUCUGUUGGAGCCUCGAAGGCCAGCUGUACGCCAUCGAUGGAAAAGCCAACUUAUUUGGUUUGUCUUCUGAUGGUAUAGCGCUGGUGAAAACAUUAGAAUGGUCAGAGAAAAUUAAAGGAAAUCGUCAAACCAGUAUUUGCUCAUUUCUAAACGGUUUACUUAUUUAUGGGCCCGACCAGAACCUACGGUUUCUUCGAAAAGAUGUGGAAGCGAAGUCGUGGAAAGUUGAAUGGCAGUACGUUCCAAUAGACAAAGUAGUUCGUCUAGUGAGCAAUGCGUUCUGCGACAUGGCAACCAUGUGGACUCACAGCGGAUUCGUGUACAAAAUCACCGCAGAUGCUGAAGACAAAAUUGAAGUUACUUUGUUCACUAUUAAACAAAGGAACAUUAAGAAGAUUCAGCUGAUUGCGCCUGAUUUCAAAUACUUGGCCAUGAUGAAUGAUAAUGCCAUUUUAAGCAUUUACGAAGUAAAUGAACAGAAAUUGAUCCUUAUGAAAGAAAUAAAGGCCUUAGAUGUUUCAUUUGAAGCUAGUCCUGCAGAUCCUCUGCUUGCAAUAUUUGGCGAAGUGAACGGCAAUUACGGUGUUGUUCUCCAAACAUUCGAACCCGAGACAGGAUUGAAGAAGCAGUCUUCUAUGUGCCUGACAUACCAAAUCGUGUCUAGGGUCGCAUUCUCGCAGUGUGGCCGGUACUUGGUAGCUGCAGCAAUGUCUGCAGGACAUAUCUUCAUUUUUAAGGUCAGCACUGACUACAAUCUCAAUCUGGUGCGGUAUACUGAAUUAGGACGAGGGCUGGCAGACUGCUUCCUCAUGAAAGUCGGAGAAGCCAUGAGAUGCUUCAGUCUCGUGCUCUUUUCAGAGAAAUAUAGCAUUGGUGAACGCGUUAUUUGCGUAAACGCAGAAACGGGCAAAGACAACAAGUUCGCGGGCAAGAUGCAGGGACCGUAUUCCAGAUUGCUUCCACUUAGCACCAAGGAUACCAUCAUCGCUAUCCCGCAUCUCAGCAAGCAUAUGCACAUACUCAAAAUCAGUGGAGAAAAAGGGUUGACGGUGUCUGUGAAGAUGGGUCCUAUCAUCGAAUCUGGGCACGAUAUAAAGCAGUUUGAUGGAUUCAGAGGCGCCAACGCUCUCGUCACUUUUGGUUACGAUGGCGUCGUCAUACUGAGACCUCCUCAUGCUUCAGAAGAAUACGAUCUAAAACUUACAGUGGCUCAUCGGUACGAGUAUGGUGUUAAAAACGUCGUGAUGGAUGCUAAUGGCAAAUUUUUCAUACAUUUGGCCGUAAGUGGCACUGUGGCCUGCACUUUCCUGCAGCCAUACGACCGGGAGUUGGGCGAGCUUGUGCAUAACAUGCCCUCUGACGCCAUCUACAAUACCGAAAAUAUAAACAAUACUUUAAUUAUUAUACAAAAUAUUGAGAAAAAUUACUUAGACGUUCAAGAAGAUAAGAAAGUCCACGAAGAGGCUAUGGACUACAAGCGCCAACGUGAUGAAGUGGUCAAGGUUUUUACGUCACUACAGAAAAAGCUGGUCGAUCUUCUGGAAGAGAACAUUAAUGAGAGACCUCUGCAUCAGCUGUCGUUGUCGGAAUUUAAUCUGCACCAGGAAGCCAAAAAAGAGAGGCUUAGAGCGGCUGAAAAGGAGCGUGAAGAAAUAAGGUUACAGACAGAGGCUCGUAUUCGAGCACAGGACAAAGUGACAGCCUGGAUCAAACAAAAGUGCUGGGACACCAUACAAGUACCGAGGAUUAAGAUCUUCGCGAUAUUUAGUCAUUACCAUGUGGAAAGCUAUCCAAUGCUGCCAUCACAACGCGACACUUGGGCAGAAUUGCAGCAAAUAGAAGCGCUGCGCACAAUCGAAAAGGAGAACGACGCAAAUAUGUUCAGACCCUGGCUGGAACAAAGUCUAGUCGAGACUCCUAGUAAGCAAGCAGAGGUACCUGCACCUAGGUUGUUUACCACGCAGAAUAUGCGGAAGUGGUUCAACAAACAGUUUGAAGAGCUCAUGCAGACAAAAAAAAGAGAAGUGGCCCUCGUCACUGAGAGAAACGCCAGAUUGCGUUUUAUUAUCGAAGAAUUGAACAAAUUAUCGGAUUUGCGAGGCAGCUUUCAUCAUUUGAUAAUAGAAAUUCAUGAUCCUCAAUGGAGACAAGAGGAGCAUGUUGAAAAACUUAUCAAAGUAGAGCCUGAAGAGUGUUCGAUCGAGCCAUACAUCAGCCCAAGUCAAAUCGUUAUCGUGCCUCCAGACCCGGGCCCAAAGGACGAUUUCCGCGAGAGAGCUCUCAUGGAUAUGAUGGAUGGUGUGUUAGAGAAGUUGUGGCACGAGGAAAUCAAGAAACCUAUUCCAAUGCCGCAAUGCAUGUUGGAAAAAGAUCCUGAGAACUUUAACGAAGACGAUCUAAGACUGGUAUUUGAUUACGAAGCGAAAGUUAAAUUCCGGAAUGAAGAGAGAGACAAAUACCGCAAAAUGCUGCAUGCUGAAUACGCCAAACUGUCACAAGUUCUCAACGAAGGAAUCGUCAAGUUUAAUCAGAAGGUUCGAGACACAUGGCUAACAAAAAUCAAAGUGGAUUCUGUUAUUGGUCAAGAGAAUCUCAAUCUGAUGCGCCUGCGCAGAAUAAACCUGGACCGAAUUGUAAUGUCGGAAGUGAUAGAAGAAAUCAGAGACGAAAUAGCACUAUACGAACGGGAGUUGGAGAAGCUGAAUUCUGAAUUCCAAGAAAUACAGGAACAGAGCCAGGAUUGUCAGGCUGCGUAUGAAGCUCUGACAGCUAAGGACAGACAGAUGGACAAGACGUUUAAAAACCAUUUUGCAGAUCUAUCGCCCAUCAUAGUUGAUCAGGCAUACAAGUUUUUCAAGAGGCGUCCAAAGUGGCACCAGCGUGUGACGAUGAUACCUGUGGUGCUGUACGAGCUCGCGUUUGCAGUAGCGACUGGCACCAAGCCUCCUCUGCUGCACCCUGAUUGCUUCGACUUCUUCAAAGGAAUGGAGCAGUUGGACCAGAUUAGCAAUAUGCCAACAGUAAUGGACGAACACAUUUGGAACUCUAUGUGCAAACUGCGAAGAGCCAAAACUGAGAACGAAAUCCGAAUGAGAGCCCUCAUUCAGGAGAUGACGUUCGUGGACAGUGCCAUUAACGUGUGGAGCAAGGCGAUUCAUGCCCGACGGUCGCAACUCGUGACGUGUCAGGGCAAGGUCUCACUGCAUCGGGAGACAGUAGAGUUGGAAGCCAGGAACAAAACCGUUCAGCUGGUGCUGCCAGCAGGACAAGUGGAGAUCAUGACAACGGGACAUAUGGAAGACUUUGAAGACGCAACACUUAUUCCUAAAGAGGACGUCGAGAAGAUCAACAAUCUCAUACUGAAAGUUGGAGCUCUGAAGUUGCGUAUGAUGCGCAAACAGAUGGAUUUCCGCAAGGGUAUUUUAUCCAAAGAGUGGGAGCAUGCACAGAUGAAGAUGAAACUGCGGCACAUGAAACAGGAGCUGUACUCGUAUCAACGACUGAAGAUUCCAAAAGAACUGCAGCUGUACUUGAAAAACAAAGAACUAGGCUACACAGAUGAGCAAGACUACAUAAAAAUGGAGAAGGAGAAUGAAGCCUCCAAGGUGGCUGUUAACAAGAUACUCAAUGAACAAAUUCAUAGGUCCGGAGAAAUUGAGGUGAAACUGGUAAAUAUACAAAAAGCAGUUGAAAAAAUAGAAAAGUUGAUAACUCAUCUGAAUGUAAAGGUGUCUGAGAAGAAACUUAAUGAGGAUGCUCUGGAACCGAUAAAAAUACGACGCGUGUUCAAAAAGAGGAUGGAGACCCUGGUAAUGCGCAGCCGUUUGAUCAGAGAGGUACAGGCCAAUCACUCGACUAUCGUGAUGCUGCAGACAGAGCUAGAGCUGCUCCGACUCAAGACCUACCCCACUCUGGCCAGUUUUCGCACUUACUAG